GUGAGUAGGUGAAAUACACUUUGUUUUGAUAUCGGCGCCGCACGUGUAUAACUUCGCGCGUACCGUUUUGCAUUGAAAGGCACCCACUAAACGCUACACAAAAUGUUGAAACCAGCUAGAAAAAUGAAACAGGUGGCAGUGCCCGCACCGGCUGAAAGUGAUAGCGAUUCGCUGGCGGAUGAUAGCAGCGGAUCGGACGACUUUCUAUCCGACGAGGAGUACCCGAUGUCGGAGGAGGAGCUGGACUUGCAAAACGAAACUGGCGACACGGAACCGUCCGACGAGCCGACGAAGUGGGCCAAAGCGAUGGCCAAGUUUCUGCGCAAAGCCACCGACGACAGCAUUCUGUCGAAAGCGGCCACAGACGAGCAGAAGGAGCGCAAAAAGCAGGAAGCGAAAGCGAUCGACUUUGAUGUGGUCAGUGCGGAGGGCACGGUAAAAAAGGAACCGACACCAGGAACCGACAAUUCGGAAGAGAAACCGGACGAGUUGAAGCUGAAGGAGGAACUGUUGCGACAGAAGGCAGCACUCAGGAAGCUGCGACAGAAAGACAUCCUCGGUCUCCGGGUACGGCCCACGAUACAUGAUUACGAGCGCGAACGAACGCUGCGCAAGGUGGCCACCCGCGGUACGGUACAGUUGUUCAAUGCCGUCCGGCAGCAGCAGAAGACGGUGAACCAGAAGCUGCAGGAAGCCGGCAAGCUGGAGUACAAGCGGGAAAAGGUGCUCAAGAGCCUUAACCGGAAGGAGUUUCUGGACGUGCUGAUGAACGGACCGCGCGCCAAGUCGGAACUGGUGGACAAUUUGGUGAAAAAGGAGGAGGACGAAGAGGAAGACAUCAAAUCGGAGGUCGAUUCGGACGACGAGCCGAAGUCUACGUGGGGCGCGUUGCGAGCCGAUUUCCUUACGGGGAAAAAGUCCGGCUGGGACAAAGAGGACGGAGAGGACGAAGCGCGCAAAGUUCCGGACGAUCUGGACGAGGACAUGGAUUCGGACGGUUCGGAUAUGUAGGAGAAUAAAGUUUGUACACCAUCUUCCAGCGCCACAGAAA